AAAUGGCAGCUCAAUCGGUUGUAAAAAUACAUCUUCAAGAUGUUGUCGUUUCCGAUAAUUCUUGGGAUGGUUGCUGGUACGGCAGUAGCCAUGCCCACAAAGGGGCCCUCCUGUGUAGGUGAGGGCAGGUUCCCUAACCCAAAUACCUGCGGUGGCUUCUACGACUGCAUACCUAACGGCAGGGGAUAUGAGGAGUCUUUUGCAGACUGUAAUGGCUUCGUCUACAACGCCACCUCUAAGACGUGUAGCGGAGACAUGGAAUGUCGCUCCCGAAGUGAGCGGAGUGUGACUAAUGCAUAUCCCAAGUACUCUUACUUGUGUGAAGGUCAGCCUGAUGACUUCGUGUGCGCUGACUGCAGAACAAUGGUAAUGUGUGUGAAAGGCCAGGCCUUUGCCCGCCAGUGCAUCAGUGGGAGGUCUUGUAGUAUCAAGGCAACCUUUGGUGGUGCAGUGUGCUACCCAGGUUCGCCUGCAGAAUGCACCUGCCAGAGUGGGGACUCUUUUGUCCGCGAUCUGUAUGACCCACAGAAAUUCUUUAGCUGCUCUGCCACCGGAGGAGUCCCCGAGAACCACGUUUGCCCUGAUGGAAUGGUGUUUGAUGAGACCCUUGUGCAGUGUCGCAACCAAGCCAGUCUCCCAGCUUGCGGACGGCCUGGUGUCUUUGCAAACCUGGAUGACUGCUCUGAAUACUACUCGUGCAUCUCGCUUCAGUAUGGGUGGCUGCAGAGGCUGUUCAUGUGCCCAAAUGGCACACUGUUCAACGAGGUAACAGGAGCUUGUGAAGAUCCUUGCAAGCGGACAAUGGUAUGCUAUGUGGAAGGCAGGUUCCCAGAUCUCGACCGCCGUAGCUACUACGAGUGCUUGAUUAUUGGUGGGCUGAUGAAGCGUGCCCGCUACCAGUGUCCCCAUGGGUAUGUGUGGAAGGCUAACGACACUGGUGAUGGGGGAGCAUGUGUGGAGGACCAUGAGAUGAGUCUUCACGACUACUUCACCCGCUGUAGCAUUCCACAGGGCAUGUGUCCUGAUGAGACUACAGACCCCUGUCUGGCAAACAAUGGUGGUUGCAAUGCCAAUGCAGAUUGCUUAACAGUUAAUGGUGCUGUGAGUUGCACUUGCAGGGCAGGGUACUCUGGUGAUGGAUAUACAUGUACAGACGUUAACGAAUGUGCUGUAGCCAACGGUGGCUGUUCUGCAAGUGCUAGCUGCAAAAACUCUGUCGGCAGUUACCAGUGCAGUUGCUUGGCAGGAUACACUGGUGACGGUUUCACCUGCAGUGAUGUUGAUGAGUGCUUAGUUGCCAAUGGUGGCUGCGACGCAAAUGCCCGGUGCAGCAAUACUGCAGGCAGCCGUGACUGCGCUUGUAAAUCAGGGUUCACAGGAGAUGGCUUUACCUGUUCUGACGUCGACGAAUGCCUUGUUAAAAAUGGAGGCUGUGAUGUGAAUGCUGUAUGUCAAAACACCAAUGGUGGAAGAACGUGCACCUGUCUCCCAGGGUUCUCUGGUAAUGGCAUCACUUGCACAGAUGUUGACGAGUGUCUGGUUGCUAACGGUGGCUGCGACGCAAAUGCCCGGUGCAGCAAUACUGCAGGCAGCCGUGACUGUGCUUGUAAAUCAGGGUUCACAGGAGAUGGCCUAGUUUGCACAGACGUUGACGAAUGCUUGGUGGCUAAUGGUGGGUGCCAUGCAAAUGCGGACUGUAAAAAUGCUGUUGGUGGCAGAACUUGCACAUGUCAUCCUGGUUACACUGGAGAUGGACUUCAGUGUACUGACAUAAAUGAAUGUCUGGUUGCCAACGGUGGCUGCGAUGCAAAUGCCCGGUGCAGCAAUACUGCAGGCAGCCGUGACUGUGCUUGUAAAUCAGGGUUCACAGGAGAUGGCCUAGUUUGCACAGAUGUGGACGAGUGUCUGGUUGCCAACGGUGGCUGCGACGCAAAUGCCCGGUGCAGCAAUACUGCAGGCAGCCGUGACUGUGCUUGUAAAUCAGGGUUCACAGGAGAUGGCCUAGUGUGCACAGAUGUGGACGAGUGUCUGGUUGCUAACGGUGGCUGCGACGCAAAUGCCCGGUGCAGCAAUACUGCAGGCAGCCGUGACUGUGCUUGUAAAUCAGGGUUCACAGGAGAUGGCCUAGUGUGCACAGAUGUGGACGAGUGUCUGGUAGCUAAUGGUGGGUGCCAUGCUAAAGCUAAGUGUACCAACACUGCUGGUAGCAGAACUUGUUCUUGCCUUGCUGGUUAUACUGGUAAUGGACAAGUCUGCGUGGUGCUCAAGUGCCCUGUUGGCUUUGCCGGUGAAGGUGCAGACUGUGCUCCAGACUCUGACCUUGAUGGCUACCCAGACACUGAACUGAGCUGUUCAAGCAAGUACUGCCGCAAGGAUAACUGCAUUAAUAGGCCGAACUCCGGGCAAGAGGAUGCCGACGGUGAUAAGAUUGGCGAUGCUUGUGAUGCUGAUGCUGAUGGAGAUGGACAUAAUAAUAAUAUACUAACCUGGAAUGAUAACUGUCCACUGGUAGCCAACAGUGGGCAAAGCGACAAGGAUAACGAUAAACGUGGAAACCUAUGUGACAACUGCCCUGAUGCCUCAAACCCCAGCCAAAGCGAUAUUGAUGGGGACGGUAUAGGCGACAAAUGCGACGAUGAUAUUGAUAAUGAUGGGUUGCUAAAUGCUGCAGAUAAUUGUCCUAAGGUAGCUAAUGGCAACCAAGCUGAUGGGGAUGGAGAUGGUAUUGGAGAUGCUUGUGACAACUGCCCCAAGCACCCCAAUGCUGGGCAAAAAGAUAAGGAUGAAGAUCUUCUAGGGAAUGCAUGUGAUGAUGACGUGGACACUGACAGUGAUGGUGUGGAGGACAGUGUGGACAACUGCCCAAAUGUGGCCAAUGGUGACCAGCAAGAUGUAGAUGGUGAUGGUAAAGGUGAUGUAUGCGAUGCAGACAGUGACAAUGAUGGUGUGCUUGACAAGACUGACAACUGCGUACUAAUCCGAAAUAAGAACCAGAAGGAUACCGAUGGGGAUGGUCGUGGUGAUGCCUGCAGCAAUGACUUGGAUGGUGACAAGAUAUUAGAUUCUGAUGACAACUGCAUUGCAAACCCUUCUGUGCACAGCACCGACUUCAGACACCUGCAAAUGGUGGCACUAGACCCACAAACGGCAUCUACUCCUCCAGUAUGGGUCGUGUAUGACAAUGGUGCAGAAAUUCAUCAGACCGUGAACUCUGACCCAGCUAUAGCAGUGGGUGACCAUGUUAUGGGGGAUGUUGACUUUGAGGGGACCUUCUUUGUUGAAGACACGAGUGAUGAUGACUUCGUUGGCUUUAUAUUCGGUUACCAAAGCAAUGCCAAGUUCUAUGUCGUGAGUUGGAAGAAAGGACCGCAAAACUGGUUCAACAAAGCAGAGAGGGGUGUUACUCUGAAGCUGGUGAACUCCAACACCGGCCCUGGCACAAAACUUAGGGAUGCAUUGUGGUUCACUGGGUCUACAGCAAACCAGGCUAAAAUGCUCUGGCAUGAUGGCAGCAUUGGAUGGAAACCCAAAGUUGCCUACCGCUGGCUGCUUCACCACCGGCCAGAUAUUGGAGCCAUGAGGUUCUACUUGUACCAGGGCACUAAACAGGUCAUGGACUCUGGAAACAUUUAUGAUGGCACCCUGAAAGGAGGCAGACUGGGGCUCUACUGCUUCUCCCAGGAAGAAAUUAUAUGGUCCAACAUGGAGUAUAAAUGUGCAAAUGGUGUACCCCAAGAAAUGUUUAACGACUUGCCUGCAAACCUACAGAAUCAGGUCCUGAGCUCCUAGACUUCUUAAAGUAAACGACACUAGAGGGUCUCGAACUGGAAUCGACACAUCUUGAAGAUGAUUUAUAUUAAAUUUUUAAUUUAAAAAGCUUU